AUGUUUCUUUUACCACAUCGUACGACAGUAAUAAUGUGUUUAGUUAGCUGUUUAGAAAAACAUAAUAAUAAAGAUGGUCCAUCAUGCCCUCAAUGUAAUGUUGUACUCACACAAAAAGAAUUGGAAUCUUUAAAAAUUAUUUGGGAAAAGGCUCCAUUUUUGGUUGAGAUUCCACAUCUAAACAAUGUUAAGGACAACAAAGAGAUAGCUGAAGAAAAAGGAGAGUUUUAUGUUGCUUUGUUGAACGGUCAAAAGUAUUCAUUUAGAUUUGAGCAAGUCAAGACUGUUAGAGCUUUGAAACUAUCAUUGGUGCAAAUAACCGGUAUUGAGAGUAGAAAGCAAAAGCUGAUAUUUGAAGGCGUUGAAUUAAAAGAUGCCAAACCCAGAGGUGGUGGUGAUAUGAGACUUAAUUCCAUUAGAGAAUUAGAAGGAAAUAUUGGUCAAUAG